AUGGCUGAACCAACACCAUCGCCAAAAGCGAUAUUACGAGGCCACAAAGCCCAGGUACACGCCGCCACCUUCGUGAGACAUAAUGAGCGCCUUGCGACUGGCGAUGCCGAGGGCUGGGUUGUGCUCUGGGACCUCACGAUUAUGCGGCCAAGAGCUGUUUGGAGAGCUCAUGAAAAUGCAAUUCUCGGCAUAAGAGGGUGGGGCAACGACAAAAUUAUCACCCAUGGCCGUGAUCACAAGCUUAUUGUGUGGCGGGUCAAAGAGGAGGAUGAGGAGCGACUCAGCGUCUCUUUGCCGCUGGAGGAUACCCCCACGCCACGCCCACAGCCUUGGGUCCUUCACUUGUUGGAGGUGAACACGAUGAACUUUUGCUCAUUCGCUGCUUGUCUCGGUGACCCCAAACAAGGGAGUUCUAUCGAAACCAGCUCGCCCACAGCAGAAGUUAUUCUCGCUGUACCCAACACCCUGGCCUCUGAGGCCAUUGAUAUCUACACACUCCCAAGCCAGAACAGGAUUCACACUAUCAAACCCGGCCAAAAAAAUGGCAUGGCCAUGAGCCUAUCCCUGUUCCAUCACAACGGGGGUUUGACACUAGCUGCAGCGUUUGAAAACGGGUUUGUCUCUGUGCAUCGUCUAGAAGCCGAUGGGUCUUGGACGAUGACAUACCGAUGCCAAGCCCAUACGCAGCCGGUUUUAUCCAUAGACAUUCAUCCCAAUCGAGAAUGCUUUUUCACUUCAGCAGCAGAUGCCCUGAUAGCGAAACAUCCAAUUCCAACCUCUCAGCGAGAGGUAGACAUUGGGCUUCAGCCUAACCAGAGGGUGGUAGAGGUGGUUGACUCUCCGUCUGACUCCUCAGCAACUAGUUCAGGCUGUAAGACACUGAAGGAAUGGGAGCACGCACUCAAAAUCAUUAACACGAAGCAUUCUGGCCAACAAAACCUCAAAGUCAGGUCCGACGGAAAAAUAUUUGCCACCGCUGGGUGGGAUUCAAAGAUAAGGAUAUACUCUACCAAGACACUAAAGGAGCUGGCUGUGUUGAGCUGGCACAAAGUCGGAGCUUACGCCGUGGCCUUUUCUGUUAUCGAGGGCUCAGCUGCUCCCGGAGGCACUAAAGCUGCGUCAUCCAAACAUUCGGCAGAGAAUAUCGCCAAAGAAUUUGAUGGCGAGCCACUUCAAAUGACUGAGCCACGGGAAACAGAGAGCUUGGUAAGGGGAGCUGGAAUGAGCGUCAAAGACCGCAGACUUCAACUUGCAAAGACGGCACACUGGAUUGCAGCAGGGGCAAAGGAUGGAAAAAUAAGCCUAUGGGACAUAUACUAA